GCGGGCGGGCGGAGCGGCGGGCGGAGGGCGGAGGGCGGGGCGGUGCCUUUGUGUGAGCGAGCGGGGAUGGUGCGGGGCGCCGGGCGGAGCCCCUUGCCCUGCCACUCGCUGGAUGCCGGGCAGCACCUGCUGCCCCCGCAGCUGAUGAGGGCGUGAAGGAGCAGCUGAGCAGGAGAGGCCCCCCCAGCUGCUAAGAUGGGCAUGAGGAUCAAACUGCACAGCACCAACCACCCCAACAACCUGCUGAAGGAGCUCAACAAGUGCCGCCUGUCCGAGACCAUGUGCGACGUCACCAUCCUGGUGGGCUCGCGCUCCUUCGCCGCACACAAAGCCGUGCUGGCCUGCGCUGCCGGAUACUUCCAGAACCUCUUCCUGAACACGGGGCUGGACGCAGCACGUACCUACGUGGUGGACUUCAUCACACCGGCCAACUUCGAGAAGAUCCUCAGCUUCGUCUACACCUCGGAGCUCUUCACCGACCUCAUCAACGUGGGCGUUAUCUACGAGGUGGCUGAACGGCUGGGCAUGGAGGACCUGCUGCGUGCCUGCCACUCCACCUUCCCCGACCUGGAGAGCGCUGCCAUCCCCAAACAGCCCCCCCUGACUGCAGGGGACGCCCGGCCUGGUGCUGUGGGUGCUGCCUCGGAGCAGAGCCCGGCGCUGGGGGACGCCCGGGGGAGCGCGGAGCACUUCAAUGCGGAGCGUGGCUACGUGCUGCACGGGGAGGGAGUGGGCAGCUACAAGGAGGAGGAGAGGAGCGAUGGUGGGCAGGCUGUGCCCCUGCUGCAGCCCCCGCUGCCCCCCAAGGACACAGAGCCGGGGCCGUUUGGUCCCGGUGCUGUCACACCAGCACAACCCGGGUUGGGAGGUGGGAGCAUGAUGCAGAGCUCCGUGGGGUCCUGCCAGCAGUACAAGGUGCAGAGCAAUGGUGACUAUGGCAAAGGUGGGUUCUUCACGGCCGAUUCAUCCCUGGACAUCUCCACGGGGAGCAACUCGUGUCCCAGCAACAGCGAGCACUGCAAGGAGCCGGGCUUCGUGCCGAUGGAGGAGCUGCAGCUGGAGGAGCUGGGAGAGGAAGAGCUGCACUUCGAGGACGCCAGCGAGGAGCUGGGGCCGUCGGAAGAGGUGAUCGAGCUGAGCGACGACAGCGAGGAGGAAUUGGCCUUCGAGAGCGACGGGCGCGACAGCAGAGCCAUGCCCUGCCAGGUCUGCAAGAAGGUGCUGGAGCCCAACAUCCAGCUGAUCCGACAGCAUGCCCGCGACCACGUGGACCUGCUCACCGGGAACUGCAAAGUGUGCGAAACCCACUUCCAGGACCGCAACUCCAGGGUGACCCACGUGCUGUCCCACAUCGGCAUCUUCCUCUUCUCCUGCGACAUGUGUGAGACCAAGUUCUUCACGCAGUGGCAGCUCACCCUGCACCGCAGGGAUGGGGUCUUUGAUAACAACAUUGUUGUGCACCCCAGCGACCCCCUACCCAGCAAGGCAGGCGCCUUCACUGCGGGGUCGGGUGCUGAUUUAGCAUGUGCUGCAUGUGGGAAACCUUUGGCCAAAGAUUUCCACACUGUUCGGAACCAUCUCCUGGACCACGUCAACCUGAAGAGCCAAACGUGCGGCGUGUGCGACCAGCGGCACCUGAGCCUGUGCAGCCUGCUGUGGCACGCGUUGGCACACUUGGGCAUCGCCGUCUUCUCCUGCUCCGUGUGCGCCAGCAGCUUCGUGGACCGGCAGCUGUUGGAGAAGCACCUGGCCAUGCACCAGAGCGCCGAGGAAGCCUUGUUCCGCUGCCACUUCUGCGGGCAGAGCUUCAAGCUGGAGGCUGCGUAUCGCUACCACGUCAGCCAGCACAAGUGCAGCAGUGGUGUGGAUGCGCGGCCCGGCUUCGGCGAGCGGCUGCAGCCGCAGAGUUUGCAGAAGAGAAAACUACCCGAGGAGUUCUUGAGCGAGGAGCUGGCGCUGCAGAACCAGCCGGGCAACAGCAAAUACAGCUGCAAGGUGUGCGGGAAGCGCUUUGCUCACACCAGUGAAUUCAACUACCACCGGCGCAUCCACACCGGGGAGAAGCCGUACCAGUGCAAGGUGUGCCACAAGUUCUUCCGCGGCCGCUCCACCAUCAAGUGCCACCUGAGGACGCACUCGGGGGCCCUGAUGUACCGCUGCACUGUCUGCGGCCACUACAGCUCCACGCUCAACCUGAUGAGCAAACACAUUGGGGUGCACAAGGGCAGCCUGCCCCCCGACUUCACCAUCGAGCAGACUUUCAUGUACAUUAUCCAUUCCAAAGACGCGGAGAAGAACGCGGACAGCUGAUGGGGUGAGGCAGGGCAGGGCCGGGAGGAGCUGUGGAAAAGUGUUGUUGGUCACAGGCGUCGUGGAUGGAUUCCUCCUUUUUCUUUUUCCUUUUUUUCUUUGUUUUUUGGCCUUGCUGGGGCUGUUUUUGACUGUACGAACCAACAGCGCGUGAGCUGCGUCACUGACCCCGAGAAGUCUGUCGUGUUUACUUACCUCUGAUCCCCAUUAGAGGCCGCCGAGUUUUGUGUUCUUAGCAUUUCUCACUAGGUUUUGAAUCUAGGUUUUGUUCUGAAACCUCUUCGCCCACCGACUCGACCGACCCACAAACCGAUGCUGCUACGACUUUCUGACCUCAGCAGAGAGGGGCAGAGCUGGAGCGGGACGGUGCCGGGCUGGAAGGAGAAGGGAAGCAGAAAGGAAGGAAGGAAGGACUGAUGGUUCCAGGCACGGCGUGGCUUUGGGCGCAUCUCGGGGGUCGCCAGCGGUGUUUACACCGAGACCUCCCCAUUCCUACAUGAUCCCACUAUGGGGCAGGGAUGGAGAGGAAGAACCAGACACCGCAGCGUGAAUCGGGGCCGCCCUCUGGUUACUCUACUACCUCACAAAUAGGAAGCGCCUUCGAGCCGCCCCGUGGGUCGUUGAGCUUCUGAUACGGAUCGAGCAGCCCGGCGCCGUGAGCUGGGAAUAUGGGGGUGCUUCCCCCCGCUCCGCUGUGGCCUUGGGCAAGUCACUUCACCUCUUUGCCUCAGUUUCCUCAUCUGUAAAAUGAGGGUGGUGACCCUCGUGGUGCCGACCUACCUCCCUGGAGCGCGCUGAAUUGUACCGGCUCACGCUGCGCCGUUACCGGAGCACGGCGGGGAUGUAUCCCCGUCCUCCCCCCAUCCCACCACUCUUGUUUUGCUCCCAUUGUGGCCGUCCUGCUGACAGUAGAAACCCCCCCCCCAAGUCAGUCCCAUCCCGGUGCUGUGGAAGGAGCCGGUGGUGAUGCACGUGGUGCUGCGCCCUGCAGGACAACCCCCUGCUGGGAUGGAUUUGGGGGGGACCGCCUCAUCCCCAAGGCCUCAAGGACCACCCCCCCUCAGAGCCGUGGGCACCCCGCAUCCGGCCAAGCUGUGAAGCAAAAGCCUUUUGUGCACAUAAACCAAAAAAGAGAAGUUUUACACUGAAACGCUAUGGGGCAGAGCAACACCCCUCCCUCCCCCCCACCACUGUGCAUGGGGACAGAGCCCUCCCUGCUGGCUUCUUUGGGGCUGGGGGGAGCUGUGGAGCAUUCAACCCCCCCCCAAUGUCUCUGUCAGAUACUUCCCUUCUAAUUAAUCCACGUGGAAAAGCAAUGGGAGUGAGCUCUGCUCUGCUCUGCUCCCCACAGCACUGGUUAUGGGGGGUGGGGGGCAGCCCCACAUCACCCACCCCCCACAUAGGAUCCCCAUCAAGGAAUGAAGCAGGAAGAAGAGCGGAACGCGUUGCUGUCUAACCUCCUCGUUAAGUUAAUCGUAGGUACUGACCUCCUGAUAUUUAAGUGUUUACUAUCUAUUUGCUGUAAAGUUUUGUAUAUUUUGUAAACUUCACCCCCCCCCCCACCGUUCCCCCCCCACCGCUCCCCCAGAUCGUAGAUGUCUAAAAUCGUUGUACAUCGGGUUCUUUUCUACUCCAUUGUUCAGCACAAAGUGUGGUUUUUUAUUUAGAAUAAUAAAAAUGGAAAACAUUGA